UUUAACUGUUGAAAAUUAUUUCGACGAAAGAAAACAAAAAAUAUAAAAAACUAGAGAGAUCCAUUUCCAUUACCGCAAGUUAGUUGCUCGCAAUUUUCGUUCUCUUCACGUUCGGUUCAUGAAUUCACUCUGAGCGGGUAAUCUAGAUCAGGCGCUGCAAUUAUUGCUAUUACCGUCACAUGAGAUAUGGUUUAUCACUCUAGUUUUGUGAAUGAAGAUGAAGUCGAUAGCGCUUGUGGUUGCCCUCUACUUCCUCUCAAGAGCCACAUCAAGGGACCUGCUCCUGUUUCAGAUCAAGAUAGAACUGAUAUAGUGGAUGAAGCCAUAACCUUCUUCAGAGCGAAUGUGUUCUUCAGGAACUUUGAUAUCAAGAGCCCUGCUGAUAAGCUUCUCAUAUAUUUGACAUUCUACAUCAAUGUUGCUCUCAAGAGGCUUGAAGGUUGCAGAACUUUAGCUGAAGGGACAAAAGCUAUCAUCAAUUUGGGACUUGAGAAGGUUCCGGUCCCUGGAGAGUCUGGAUUUCCUUUUCCGGGCCUUCUUCCACUUCCUCAAUCACAUGAGGAAGCAGAAUUGUUCAGGAAUUAUUUGAAGCAGAUAAGGGAAGAAACAAGUGGGAGGUUAUUGAGCGUUGCGUACAGGCCUAAUGGCACACCAAAUAAAUGGUGGUUGGCAUUUGCAAAGAGGAAAUUUAUGAAUACAAUUAUUCCUUGAAUGGUUGUGACACAAUGGGAGUGCAGGAAUCAUAGAUUCAGCCUUGAAAUUAACACUUAUAAACACUUUUGAUCAAUUAUAUAUAAUGAAUCUUUUGGGGUAAUGUUGUAUGUUUCGAUUUUGAAUAUAUAUGCAUAGUGAUACCUGGUUAUAGCAUCA